AUGGAAUAUAAUAGAAGUUGUGAUUUUACAAAAUCUGAAAAUGACAAAAAACAUUUAGAUAAUAUAACUCACAUAUUUGACAAACAUAUAAUAUUAUUAAAUACAUAUAUUUAUAUAUAUUUAAUGAAAUAUUUUAAAAAAAUAAGAUUUUUUUUAAAUUCUGAUGAAAUUAAAAAAAUAUAUAUAUGUGAUUUGAAAUAUAAAAUUGAAAAAUUGUAUGAAAAUUUAAAAAAUGUAAACAAUAAUGAACAAUGUAAAAAUGAUUUAAAAAAAAAUUUAGAAAAUCAAAUUAAUACAAUAAAAAAUAAUAUCAUAGAAGAAGACUCCAAUAUUAAUAAUAUUAGUAAAUGUAAAGAUGGUAUAAACACAAAUAAUAGAGAUAAUAAAAUAUUUAUAAAAAAUGAUGAAAUUUUUCUGAUUUUUGAAAAUGUUGAUAAAAUAAUUUUUGAUACAUUUCUACUUGUUAGUACAAAUGAUGAAAAUAUAAAAUAUCCUUAUAAUUUAGUAAAAUUAAAAAUAGAGAUUUAUUUUGAAAACCUCUUAGUUAAUAUAUAUUCGUCUGAAUGUAUUUUAAUUGAUAAAAAAUGGGAUUAUGACUUAAAUACACUUACUACUUGUGAAAAAUACAAUAAUAUAAUGGAUAUAAAUAAAUUAGAAAUAACCUUUAAAAAAAACAGUAUAGAUGAAAAAAGAAAUACAAUCUUAAAUCAUCUAGUUAACCAUAUAAAUAUGCAUUCACUAAAUAAAGAAAAAACUUGUGAAAAUGGUUUACAAUAUAUUUAUAAUGAAUUAUUUCAGUUAAAAAUGUUAACAUGUUAUGAUAAUAUAUGUGAUAUAAUUAAAAGUAUAGACGAUUUUUUUUACCUUUUAUUAGAACCUGAUUUUUAUAAUUUUUCUAUUCAAAAAGUAAACAAAAUUUGCUACAAAAAUUUAUAUGAUCAAUAUAAUAAUGUUAUGAUAAAAUCUAAGACUGUUAAAUUAAAUAAUGAGAUGAUUGAAUAUUUAUUAAGCGAUUCUAUAUUUUUACCAAAUUAUGUAAAAAGAAAUAAGUUUAAAAAUAUAGAAGAACAUUUAUAUUCUUCAUUUUCUUCUUAUUCUGAAUGUUCAUCAUCAAUUGAAAGUAGCAAAAAGAAAAAUAUGUCAUCAAAUAAAAGAAAUGGAAUAAAAGAAAAUGAAGUGAAUUAUAUAAAAGAUAGAACUUAUAUGAAUGAUAAGAAAAAUUAUGAAAAAAAUAACAUGAAUGAAAUAAAUAAUGAUUUAAAAAAAAAUGAACAAGAAACAGAAUCUUCAUUUUCUAAAGAGAUAUCAUAUGAUGAAUCUUGUGAAAAUUCUAGUUUAAAUAGUAGCGAAGAAAAAGAAGAAAAGCAAAAAAAAAAAAGCAAAAAAAAAAAAAUGCGUGAUUUAUUUGAUAAUAAGGAAUUUCGAAAUAUUCUAGAAAAAAUUAAAAAAAAAAUAGAAAAAUUAAAUAAUAGUGUUUUUUUAAGAGUAAAUUAUAAAAAUCUAAAAUCAGGUUCUUUUGUAAAUAAUAACACAUUAGAAGUAAAUACUUUAUAUGAUGCCUUAUUAAUAUUAAAAAGUUCUACUAGUAUUUAUAAAAUAUUAAAAGAAAAUAAAAAUGAAGAUAAUUACUUAAUUUUAUCUAAAUAUGUAAAUAUUAAUAUUUGUUUUUUAUUUGAAGUAUAUGUUUAUAAUAAAGAAAUAAUAGCUAUAUCGCAAAAAUAUUUAAAUUAUUAUUUUGAUUUUCUUAAAGAAGCAAAUUUUAUUAUUGAUACAAUAAACCUCAUAAAAAGUUUUUAUGAAAAAUAUUUGAAAAAUUCAUUUCCAUGUGAUGAUUAUAUACUACAAUUAUAUAUACACACUUUUAAAAAAACACACAAAAAAAAAAUUUUUUUAAUAAAUGCAAAAAAUUGGCUAUUUAAAAAUAAGCAUCCUAUAUUUACAAAUACUUUUUUAAAACAUUAUAUUUACACUGGUAAUAAAGGAAUAGAAAUAAAAGACGAAUAUUAUAAUCAGAAAAAUAUAUAUAAAUUUAUUUCGAACUCUUCACAUUUAAACACAAAUGAGAUAGAGCAAAAGGAGAAAUGUAAUAAUACUUUCAACGAAAAUGUACAUAUUUCUGAUUUUUUUCAAUAUGAUAAUAUAUUAUAUUACUGUAUAAUGAAAAAUGAUUCUAUAUAUAAAAAAAACUUUAAUAUUUAUCCGAAGGAUUUAAAUUAUAUCAAAGAAGGAGAAAUUGAUAUUGAUAAUUUGAUGGAUACUAUGAAAAAAGAAAAUAACAUUCAAUAA